AUGACGAAAUUAGUUAAAACUACUAUUCACGACUCCUUUAUGUAUAGUGGGUCCACUUAUGACGUUACCAAUUUCAUCAAAUCUAGAUCAAACGAUUCAGUAUUUAUCAACGAUUGUUUAACCAAGUUAGUGAUCAAAAGAACGAAAGAAGAUUUUACCGACAGAGACUACGAAAUUAUAGACUAUCUUUUGUACAAAGGAGCAGAUCCGACGCAUUGCCCAAACGAUGGUAAAUCUUUAAGCAAAUUACUCGAUAUAGUAAUGGAUUCAAAAGAUGAAAGGUUGAUUGAAAUAUUCGUACAGUAUAUGAAAUAUCUGGACGAUCCUACUAAAAAUCCAUGCGAUAAAAUCCCGGAGUACUUCUCAUUCCACAGUAACGCAGUUAUAGCAGCUGUUGCCUAUCAGAACUUAGAUGUUGUGCGGUACGCUGUGAAACUUAGUGUUCGCCCUAACGAACGAUCAUUUCACUUCAAAAACGCACCCUUACACAUCGCAGCUUCAUUGCCAAGUGUAGACAUCACAAAAUACAUUCUACAAUAUUAUCCUAAUAUAGAAGUGAAAAACAGAUCAUGGGAAACGCCCCUAUUAUUCGCUGCUAGAAAUAACCAAAUUGAGCAAGUGAGAUUUCUUCUUAAACAAGGAGCUUACUACAGAGUGAAUGAUAUAAAUGACAACACUCUACUUCAUGUUGUAUGUUACCAAAAACGUAAGAUAGAUGUGGAAAUGCUCGAAGUUUUAUUGGAUGCCGGAUGUGAUCCCAAUGCCUUUGGUGAUCAUGGGCUGACUCCUUUACAUAUCGUUGCUAUGAAUCAAAAUAAACCUAGUGCACUGGAGUUUGCGAAGUUACUAAUCCAAAGAGGAGGUGAUGUAAAUGCCAAAGCUGUAUAUGGCGACACUGUACUGCACACUUUAUUAGAACAGUUUGUAUACCGCAACCAGUUUUUAGAUAUAUUUUUGAAUUCCAAGGCUGACUUAACAAUUACCAAUGAUUCACGCAGCACAUUUUUGGAUAUACUAUUACUGGAUUGUCAUACAUUUAAAAGACAACAUAUUUUGAAACAUCUGGUCUUGCUUGAUGUUAGUGGGAAAUUCAAUAUAGGUUCGAAACCCAUUAGUGACGUGGCAGAAGAUCAACAAUUUGAGAAAGAUUGUAGAGCAGAAUUGCAACGUUUGAAUUUCCGAAGAAUACCAAAAUUUCAAACUGGGCCAUGGUAUUCUCUUAUGGAAAUCCUCAUCUUGGAUGAAAUGGAAAUAUCGAGACUUUGUAUAAACCGAAAGCUGAGGAGAUUCAUUUCUAAAUUCAACGAGAAAAAAUACACACAUUACGGCCGUCAACUCAAAACAAUUUUAGAACGUGGGUUGAAAAUAUAUCAGGAAAGAGAAGGCCUAUAA